AUGCCCGUGCGACCGACCAAGGAAAGCGGUCUGACCCCCGUGGCCUGCACCGACUGCAGGAAGCAGCAUCUCAAGUGCGAUGCAAAGCGCCCUUCGUGCUCGCGCUGUCUGCAAAACGGCCUUCUCUGCCAAUACCUCGCUUCUCGUCGGGGCGGUCGUCGCAAGUCUCGUCGCAUCCAGGAGCCAGGCGCCCCUUCAACACCAAGUCCGUAUCAGCAGAGCCUGCCAGCAAUGCAGCCUGUCUUCCACAGCGCCACCCCCGAUCUGUCCAUCCAGGCUAAUCCGCAGGCGCCGACUCCGACAAAUACUUCGUUCUCGCGACAGGUGGCCAGUGCUGACCUGCCGGAUGCCGCUGGGGAUGAAACUUCGUGGCUGGGGAUGCUCCCUGCUAAUGACUACAACUCCGGCGCGUUCUCAAACAAAUCAAGCGUUGAAAAUGACGACCGCCUGCGGCGACUGUACUACGAGAACUUCCAUGCUGCUCACCCAAUUCUUGUCCCCAGUGGGUUGUACAGCGAUCACAAUUAUCCGCUCUACCUCCAGACAGUAGUGCAUUUCGUUGGUUCGCAUUAUACUGCGACCGGUCGUGCGACCGAGUAUAAGAAGAGGGUCGUCGAGCAGCUGGGGGCCCAUACCGAGCAUUCUCCCGCUACAGUGCAGGCGUGGCUAAUAUAUGCCAUUGUUCUGAAUGCCCGAAGGGAGUCAGAUGAAGCCCAGGCUGCCUUGACCCAGAGCAUUGACCUGGCCCUGGAACUGGGAAUGAACAGGGCUGGGUUCGCGUCGUCUUCUCAUGCAGUGUGCUCGAUAGAAGCUGAGAGCAUGCGGCGAACGUGGUGGGAACUGGUAAUCACCGAAAUAUACAUGGCCAUAUCUCUGAACUCGUUCGCCUUCCGCUGCAGCGCUCUUCCUCCGGAAGUGGCUCUCCCAUGUGAAGAAUCAAUUUACAACGGGGGCAGGGAUAUCCCCAGGCCGAGCAUGAUGCUCGAUUUUCGACGACGCAUCCUCGCAGCUGAGGAUCCCAUCUUCUCUUCGUUUAGCUACCGGAUUGAGGCCACGAUGAUUCUAUCCAGAGUUAUCGUGUUAAAUCGUGUCCCCGAGUGCCAUCGCGACCAGGUCCAAGCUGCUGAGAAUGCCCUGGUGAGCUGGACCAACCACCUCCCGGCGAAGAAGCUGGACAUUGUCGAUGCGUAUGGAAACGUGGAUGAGAUGAUGUUCCAGGCUCAUCUGACAACAGGCUAUGCUGCCAUGCUGCUUCACCUGCCUCGUAGCGACUUGCAGCCAGUGCUGGCACAGCCGGAAAAAAGCCAAUUCUGGCCAGGAGCGUCGUGUCAUUUGCAGCUCUCAUCGACAUCCACUCGCCUUGUGCAUAGUAUCAAAGCUGCUGAAGCUUCGCGGCAGGUGUCCGACUCAAUCUCCGUAUGCCCCAAUAUCCUCAAGCACAGUCCCUUUAUCAUCCCCUCUCUUUCACUAUGCGGCUUGAUCCAGCUCGCCACAUCCACACUGCACUCAGACGAAUGCUUCGACCACCAUUGCAACCGUGUCAACCUUAUCCUUGGCUGUCUUAAGAGUGCCCGGCGGACAUGGGAACUGGCCGAGUCAACGUACCAAAGUCUCAGAUCGUCUGCAGCAGAGCUAAUGUCUGCUUCGCUUGAACGGUGCCAGUGGAACUGCGCACAUCUUAAUCAACUCGUCCCGACUGAGUCGCUGCCAUCAGAUCCGACGCGGCCAAGCUCUGCGUUGGAUGGACAGGAUCUGAUGGUGACCGAUCUACCGUCGAAUUUCUUUGAUCGCGCCUGCUUCAAUGCGUCGUUCUUCACAGCGGUUCCGGAUCUAAAUAUGAUAUGA